AUGUUCCGAGUCAAAGUUAUAACCCGUAAAUUAGAUGGAGCAUCGUACGAAAAUAGCGAGCCAACACUUGCCCAUUCUAAGGUAGAAUCCAAGGUACUUUAUCCGUUAUUCAUAAUAGCUGGAUCUUAA